AUUUUGAAAAUGAAUUAUGCUCAGCAGAUUGGUUCAAAGCUCCAUUUGUUUUCCGUAAUGUUUGUCUAGGUGACUUCCGCUGCAAGGACCGACGGAGCUGCGUCUCCAGCAGUCUGGUUUGUGACGGCCGCUCUCACUGCCUCGAUGGCUCGGAUGAGGUCGGCUGUCUGAGCGCAACUCCCCCCGCAGCUCAGGCAAACGUCUUGAAGUGCCGCAUGGGCUCCAGAUUGUGUCAAGAUGGCACUGAAUGCGUUCUCUAUAGUCACGUUUGUGAUGGAGAGAGAGACUGCCGGGAUGGAUCAGACGAAGAAGAAUGUAAAAAUCUCCACUUAAAUGAAUCUCCUGCACCCGUCGAGCCAUUUAUUCAGCCUCCCACCAAGCCACCCUGCACCAGCCCUUCAAUUCUGUGUCCAGAUUCUUCUUUAUGCAUCAACCCAAAACAGCUUUGUGAUGGAAGAAAGGACUGCCCUGAUGGAUCUGAUGAGAGCUGUAUAAAAAGAUGCCCUAACAAGAAUGACUUCCUCUGCAAGGACCGACGGAGCUGCGUCUCCAGCAGUCUGGUUUGUGACGGCCGCUCUCACUGCCUCGAUGGCUCGGAUGAGGUCGGCUGUCUGAGCGCAACUCCCCCCGCAGCUCAGGCAAACGUCUUGAAGUGCCGCAUGGGCUCCAAGCCAUGUAAUGACGGCACAGAGUGUGUUUUAUACAGCCACGUUUGUGACGGAGAGAAUGACUGUAUGGAUGGAUCUGAUGAACAGGGAUGCACAGAAACCUGCAAACAAGGUGAGUUUCAGUGCUCCCACGGGAAGAUGUGCAUCCCUGAGGCACAGGUGUGUGAUGGGAAGUCACAGUGUCGGGACCAGUCUGAUGAAAUGGACUGCAGAGAACGAACCAAGAGCUGUGAGCAUCUCUGUGCCGACGGCAAACGCUGCAUCCCAAAGAAAUUCCUGUGCGAUGGAGAACGAGACUGCGUGGAUGGCACAGAUGAGCUGGACUGCCACCCUGUUACUGCUGCAACAACGGCAUCUCCUGUACCUGCUUCGGCAUCGGCGUGCAUCACUCCUUCAGUUCUCUGUCCAGGUUCAUCGCAGUGUCUCUCUCAAAAUCAGCUGUGUGAUGGACAAAGAGACUGCCCUGAUGGAUUUGAUGAAAACAACUGUUUGAUCCAGUGUAUAAACCCAGAUGACUUCUUGUGCCGCGACCGGCGGGCGUGCGUUCCAAGGAUGGAAGUGUGUGACGGUCGUGCCCACUGUCCCGACGGCUCAGAUGAGAAGCAGUGUCAAUCAGCAGAUCGUACUUCUCCAUCCUCCAUUGAUAUGCUCAGUGCCAGCUCAGCCCCUCUGAGGUGCCGUACAGGUUUCAAGCCAUGUAAAGAUGGCCUGGAGUGUGUUAUGUACAGCCAUGUGUGUGACGGAGAGGCAGACUGCCAGGACGGAUCAGACGAAGAGGAAUGUGCUACUCUGUGCAAAGCAGAUGAGUUCCUGUGUGCUCACGGGAAUAGAUGUAUCCCACCGGAGCAGGUGUGCGACGGGCAGAGUGACUGUCAAGACCGCUCAGAUGAAAUGGACUGUGCAAGUCUGAGUCGGGGCUGCCAUCAGCGCUGUGAUAACAACACUCGCUGUAUACCAAAGACCUUCCUUUGUGAUGGUGAGAGAGACUGCGCUGAUGGGUCAGAUGAGGAAAAGUGUGCUUUGGUAGCUUGUGCAAUUAACCAGUAUCGCUGUGCCAGCGGUCAGUGUGUAUCUGAGGCUCUGAGAUGCGAUGGUUAUGCUGACUGCAGCGACCGUUCUGACGAGGUGGAUUGCACAAGACCCCCGCGCUGCCCAACACAGCUCCGGUGCCCGAACAGCCACGAGUGCCUGCAGAAAGAGUGGCUUUGCGAUGGCGAGGACGACUGCAAAGAUGGGUCAGACGAGAAGAAUUGCGUGUCGCCACCAGCAAAGUGCAGGGAAUACCAGUGGCAGUGUGGAGACAGCAGUCAGUGCAUCCCGCUGUCCUGGAAGUGUGACGGGAAGGAGGACUGUCACAACCGCAUGGACGAGGACAAAUGCAGCCAGAGAAAAUGCCCCUCUCACCUUUACCAGUGUGGCAGCGGCGAGUGUGUGGACCCCCGUCUGGUGUGUGACCGCUUCACCAAUUGCGCCGACCGUUCAGAUGAAGGCAUGGGAUGCGCUCAACGGAACUGCUCCAGCUCAUCAGCUCCUCAGUGUGACCACCACUGUGUCAGCACCCCAAAUGGACCGAGGUGUUACUGUGCUGCAGGUUUUGGACUGCACUAUAGCGCUGUGUCCUGUGUGGACAUUGACGAGUGCAGUAUGUCACAUGCUGGAUGCAAACACACCUGCCUGAACACCCGUGGGUCUUACAGCUGUCAUUGCUACCCUGGCUUCUUCCUGGAGCCUGACAACAAAAGCUGCAAGACAAAAGAUGAGCCUUUGCUUCUGGCGUCUGUGCAAUCAGAGCUGUUACUACUGGGAGUCCAUAGUGGCACCUUGCGUCUUCUGUCCUCUGCCAGUCGACCAGUCUUCUCACUGGAUUAUCACUGGGCUCAACAGAGAGUUUACUGGCUAAGCCCCGACUACCAGAGCAUCCGCUGGGCUGACAUGACUGUCUCAAACAACAAAGGGACACUUAUCAAAGGAGUGAAGUCUGAUUUCAUCGCGGUGGACUGGGUUGGUAAGAACCUCUACUGGGUGGAUGGACUGGUGGGCCAGAUUCUGGCUGUGAAGCUCAGCGAUGCCACAGUGAGAUCUCAGGACUACACCGUGGUCCUGGGUGAAGAUCUGGAGCAGCCAAGCUCAUUGGUCCUUCUGCCACACAGAGGGUUGAUGCUUUGGUCUGCGAUCGGCAGCACCCCUCAGAUCGAGCGGUCUGGGAUGGACGGUUCACAGAGGAAGGUGGUGGUGAGCCGAGGCUUGAGCUGGCCAGUCAGUCUAGCCUAUGACCUCCUAGAAAACAGGGUGUACUGGGCCGAUGAGAAGGUGCGCUGCAUCGGCUCAGCGUCUCUGGACGGAGACAGCAUCAAGUUCCUCCAGUUAGCCGAAACGCCAAGCCCUUUCUCUGUGGCGGUCUUCAAUGACAGAGUCUUCUGGUCUGACACAAAAAGAAGAACCAUCCGCUCAGCUGAUAAGAAUACCGGCAAACAUCAAAAGGUUCUUCUGAAGAGACCAGGGCAGCCAUUUGGACUGAAGCUGAUGCAUGCCCUUUCCCAGCCAGCCAUAUCCAGCCCCUGUGAACAGCUGCAGUGCUCCCACCUUUGCCUCCUGGCCCCGGCAGCAAGAGGCAGAUCAGGAGCCCUGGGUUCGCCGGGAGCUCCAACUGUGAGGGGGCCUACAGCAGUUUGUCAAUGCCCAAAGGGACUGCUACUUUCUAAGGACAAGAUUACCUGCUCCCUGCCUAUGGAGUCAACUUUCAUCCUGCUUUUGUCUCGUACCACAGUCAGUCAGAUUUACUUGCAAUCCAUGUGGCGUGAUGGUGUUGCUCUGAAAAAAAUGCCAACCAGCCGAGUUUUAUCCCUACCCGGUGUAACUGAGGCCUCAGCGCUAGACGUGUCCAUCCAGGAGCUUUCUCUGUAUGUGGCUGACGCAGGACAAGGAUCUGUGGAUGUGCUGCAACUGAACGGCUCCAGGUCGAGACAGGAACUGACGCCUUCUAGACAAAUCCUAAAGCUGAAGGAGGAUUCAGUCACGGCUUUGGCAGUUGACUGGGUGACCAACAACCUCUACUGGAGCAGCACCAAGAGGCCUGAUCUCCACGUGACCACCCGCCAUGAUGGCUACACCACCUCACUGCUGCAGGGAUCACUGGAGGGCACCACAUCCAUUGCACUGCAUCCCCCCUCUGGCCGACUUUGCUACACAGCAAUAACUGAGACAGGUGGGAAAAGCCAGACAGAGGUGGACUGUGCCUGGAUGGACGGCCGUAACAAAGCAGUGCUGUGGAGGAAGUCCAGCAUCCCCACCUCGCUGGUCUUUUCCAAUCAAGGGACCAUGAUCUACUGGGCUGACACAGGUGAAGGUGUAAUCAGCUCUAUUGGAACGGAUGGAACAGGAUAUAAACGGUACAAAACAGGGCCAGGUCUGCUCAUCUCUUUUACAUAUACCGAGAACAUCCUCCUCUGGGUCACUCUAGACAAAGAUGUAACCAAACUGUGGUUCAGUGACGGUCUCCAGCCUAACCAACUGUGGUUUGAGACGAAGACCAGCGUGGUGGAAGUCAGAGCCUAUAGCAGUGACAGUCAGUCUGGAACUAAUAGCUGCUCCAACAACAACGGCGGAUGUGUCCAUCUGUGUCUGACAUAUCCUGGAGGUCGGACAUGUAAAUGCGGGCGGGGCUUCUACGCUGUUGGUGCCACUUCCUGUUCUCCGCUUCCCAACUGUCCCACUGGGGAAGAAUCGUGCUUUGACGGUUACAAGUGUAUCAGCAGCAGCAAGUUCUGUGAUGGAUAUGUGGACUGUCCAGACCAGUCAGACGAACAUGACUGUCCAGAUACAAACUCUGCCUCCUUCAGGAACAAAGCCAGUGAUGGCAGCUUCCCCCAGUCUUCUUCGUCGCCUCAUCCCAAGAGCCAAAAGAACUCUGUUCUGUCAGUUAAAGACUCAUCCACAUCAUGUGAUCUCCAACACUGCAACGGUUAUGGCAACUGCAUCACAGAAGGCAAAGCCACUCGCUGCCAGUGUAUGACUGGUUACAAGGGAGAGUUCUGUCAAGAGACAGAGACUGGACAAAGCCACGUUGCUGUGGUCCUGGGUGUCCUCUUCCUCAUUGCUAUAUUGAUGGUUGCUGCUGUUAUUUUUGCUAAAAGAUUUAAAUCUCAUUUCAACAGGAGAGCCUGGGCGUCUAUCAGAAGCAGAUCCAUGGAGAAAGAAACUCUGAUGGCCAACAUGGGCCUCCCAUGUGAAAACUAUGAUUCAGACUCUGAGGAACUGGAGUCCCCAGUAGACUUGAAGAACCCGCCGCUAAUGUUAACAUCACUACACCUCUCAUAGAAGUUCCAUAUUCUGAAAUAUGGCAUCCAGUAUCGAUCCAGUAUACAACUGGUGGCGCUGCUGGGUCACGUUAUAUUUGCAGGGUCGAUUUCACAAUGAAUCUGAAGGCUACAGAUGGCACGAGUAAUGUUUGAGGAUGCAUUUCUGUGGUGAUGAAUUUAAACUUGCUGAUGGCUAAUGUCUUGUAAUAAACGUUUUAAUGGGAUGAUCCAAAAACCA